UUCAUAAUAAGGCCAAUGAUAUUUUGAGGAGUGCACGUAUUUUAAGGCUGAAGAAGCUGUUACUAGGACACUGUCAAGUCUCAAAACCACUAGAGUUCACUAUGCCUUCCAAGAUUAUAAGUCUGUUGAGCUGUUUGUUCAUUCUUCAACUGUGGGCUGCCACCAGUGUUACAGGGCAAAAUAUAGGAAUUUAUGAGAUAAAGAAAGGAGAUUUCUCUGUUAAGGUCACCAAUUAUGGUGCCAGAAUUAUCUCUGUUUUUCUUCCUGAUAAGAACGGAAAAAUAGAUGAUGUUGCUCUGGGAUAUGACACCAUUGAGGAAUACAAGAAUGAUGCAAAUUCUUUUGGAGCCCUACUUGGAAGGGUUGCCAACCGGAUUGGUGGAGCUCAAUUUACUUUGAAUGGAACCCUUUAUAAGCUUUCCGCCAAUGAUGGUGCAAACACGCUGCACGGUGGAUUUAAAGGAUUUAGCAAAGUUGUUUGGAAUGUUAUCAAGUAUGAGAAAGAAGGUUUCUAUCCUCACAUUACUUUAACCUACCACAGUGCUGAUGGCGAAGAAGGAUUUCCUGGCGAUCUUCUUGUCUCAGUUACCUAUGCAUUGAAAGAUCCUUACAAGCUUAGUGUGGUAAUGAAGGCAAAAGCUCUGAACAAGGCCACUCCAGUUAACUUGGCUCAACACACUUAUUGGAACCUUGGUGGACACAACAGUGGCGAUAUCUUGUCCAGCGUUGUUCAAAUCUUUGCAUCACACAUCACUCCAGUAGACAAGAACCUCAUUCCUACAGGCGAAAUUUCUCCCGUCAAGAACACGCCCUAUGAUUUUCUUAAGCCCCGUAAAGUUGGGAGCCAGAUCAACAAACUUCAAAAUGGAUAUGACAUCAACUAUGCACUCGACAGCACUGAAAAAAUGAAGCCCGUGGCAAUAGUUCAUGAAGAAAAGUCAGGAAGAGUGAUGGACGUACAAGCAACCGCACCUGGUGUGCAAUUCUACACUGCAAACUCCCUUAAUCAGAAAGGGAAAGGUGGAUAUGUGUAUCAACCUCAUUCAGCCUUAUGUUUUGAGACUCAAGGGUUCCCGGAUGCUGUGAAUCACCCAAAUUUCCCUUCAACAAUUGUGACUCCAGGAAAGGCCUAUGUUCACAAAAUGUUGUAUACAUUCUCAAUCAUGAAAUACUGGAAUUCUUAUUAGUUUUUUUGCAUCAGCGCUUGUGUCUUUUGUAUCUUCUGCAUAGAUUGAUACUUCUGUCAAGGUUAUAUGUUCUAUAUGAUAAAUAAAACACCUGACAGUGAGGACACUUGUGUUCUGAGGGAGUUCCCACAGAACUGUUUUCAGACA